AUGGCUGACGUUGCGAGACGGACUCAAACUGCAGUACGAUCUAGAGCUGUUAACCCCGAUUUCUCGCGAGAGAGAUCGAGACCUCGACCACGGCGGACCAGGACUAACGACGACGUGGAACCACGAAACCAGCGCUAUAGAGAGCCGGCCAACCACCACCCCCCGCCUCACCAAUCUUCUCCCCAGAUUUCUACAACAAUCGACGGAGAGGCGAGAUAUGCUAUGGAUGUCAUCGUGCAACCUCCACCAACCGCCCGUCUGGGCACCGCACUGCAACCCCCGGUAACAAUUCGACUUCGCAGUCUGAACCCCGACACAACCGAUGAUUUAGAUCCCACCAACCUCCUCGCCGUCGCAACCCUAACCUCCGACUCCAUCAACGACUCCACAGACCCCGUCGAUCUGACUGCUCUGCUCUCUGGCCGCGUCUUCGACUCCAUCCACCCCUUUGCCGAGGACGACACCGACUCCCAGGGCGUCGGCUAUGUCUCCUUCCCCGACCUCGCCAUCUGUGGUGAAGGUACCUGGCGCAUCCGCGUCACUCUGAUCCGCAUCCGGAGCCCGACCAGCGAGCCGUCCGUCUCAUCUCGCGGCGGCUCGAGUGUCCAGGUAGUCGACAGCAAUCCGAUUACGGUGGAGCGCGGGUCCGGCCUCGGGCGGGAAUCGGGCGAAGAGGCCGCCGAUAUGCUGCAAUCGCUACGACGGAGUCGCACAAGAAGAAGAUCGCCGGUGCCUUGA